CGGUCUUCACACUCUAGACUACAUUUCCCAUCAUUACUCGGGGGUUCCACGGAUGUAGCUACGUGUUCGUUUUCGCGACAGUACAGGAAGGAGUCUAUAAACAGCUACAAAGGCGAGCAAGAGUUGGUGCUUUCUCCUGUGAAGGAGUACAGCAAAAUAGCACCAUGUUGCCGACCACCUCAUCACAUGGCAACGGUGCCCUCGGUUCCAGAGACGCCGCACGCCACACGGCAGGUGCCAAGCGCUACAAAUACCUGCGAAGGCUGCUGCAUUUCAGGCAGAUGGACUUUGAAUUUGCCCUGUGGCAAAUGCUUUACUUGUUCACGUCACCACAGAGGGUCUACCGCAACUUUCACUACAGAAAACAGACAAAAGACCAGUGGGCCAGGGAUGAUCCUGCUUUUCUGGUUGUGCUCAGCAUCUGGCUGUGUGUGUCUACAGUAGGCUUUGGUCUGGUGUUGGACAUGGGCGUUCUGGACACUCUGAAGCUUCUGCUCUGGGUGGUCUUUGUUGACUGUAUAGGAGUCGGUCUGCUCAUAUCAACGCUCAUGUGGGUGAUCAGCAACAAAUACCUGCUAAAACAUCCCAGCAGAGAUUUUGAUGUUGAAUGGGGCUAUGCGUUUGACGUGCACCUCAAUGCUUUUUACCCACUUCUAGUCAUCCUGCAUUUUCUGCAGCUUUUCUUCAUCAACCAUGUUGUUGUCAUAAACUCAGAGUGGUUCCUGGGAUGCUUUGUUGGGAAUACGUUGUGGCUGAUUGCCAUCGGCUAUUAUCUCUACAUCACCUUUUUAGGGUACAACGCUUUACCAUUCCUGAAAAACACAGUGGUGCUGCUCUACCCCUUCGCUUUGCUUGGCCUCAUCUACAUCCUCUCUGUUACUUUGGGUUGGAACUUUACUCGGGGUCUCUGCUCGUUUUACAAGUAUCGAGUCCAGUAGGAGCAGUUUGUUUGUGAGACUGGACACUAGUUGCCUCCAGGCUGACGCAAGACAUCACCAUUAACAACUACGGCAGCAUCUCCAGCUUCUGGAAGUCAACAUAGGGUUGAGAGUGACUCUGAGUUGACUCAAUAAUCUGGGAUGCUGGGCUGAUUGACACUGACCCGGUUGACCGUCUACUGAUUUUUCUGGACCUGAUGUGACAUGUUUGGAGUAGUGUCAGAAACAGAAAGACCGAUGAGAGACCGUUUUUAUUGGGGCUUUUUUUUGUAUGAUUUGUAAAUAGGACUCUGAAAGGUUGUAAUAUAUGUGCAGCUCUUGGUUUCUAAGAAAAAAAAAAGCAUAACAUUUACUUUGGGUUUUCUUAAAAAAAAACACCUCAAAUCAAAGCCUGAUUGUUGAAGAGGAUCGAAGGAAAGUCAAGAAAUAUAGGAUGUGAUUUUUUUUUCAUAAAGUGUACAUUCCAAUGCACUUUCAAUAAAAGUUUUUAAUAACUUAA